AUGGGAUCUAAUACAGAGUUUAAUCCGAAAAAUGCCGAGAAAAAAAAAAGCAGCAUAUUUAGCGAUUUAGAAAUUCCAAAAGGGGAUGUAAAGAAAAAAGCUAGUUUAUUCAAUAAUAUGGAAAAAAAGAAAAUUAGUAUAUUCAAGAAGACAAAAGGUGAAAAUAAUGAAGAGAAAAGGAAAAGUAGUCUAUUUAGUGAUUCUCAAUCUGCAAAUAAUGAAGAACAAAAAAAAAAAAGCAUAUUCAAUAAUAAUACUAAAAUGAAAAUCAAUAUAUUUAAUAAUAAUAAUGAAAAAAAAAAUAGCUUUUCAAUUAAUGGAGAUGAAAAGAAAAAUAGCUUUUCAAUUAAUAAUGAUGAAAAGAAAAAUAGCUUUUCAAUUAAUAACGAAAAAAAAAAAAACAGUGUAUAUAGUGAUCUAGAAUCACCUAAGAAAGAAGAAGAAAAAAGAAUUAGCAUAUUUAGUGACUUAGAAACAUCAACUAAUAUAGAUGAUGUAUCUAGCAAGAAAAAUUCACAACAAUUAUUAGUAUAUGGAGAUGUUAAAUUAAAUAAAGGUUCCUUAUUAAGUCCUAAGGUUCAUGAUUACGGCAAUACAACUGAUAAUAUGAAUGAAAUAAAUGAUAUAAAAAUAAUUGUAACAAGUGAUGAGAAUCUACAUACAUUACCAUCAGGAGCUGUUGGUAGACGUGCUCCUUUGAACCCUUUUUCUUCUCCUAUUCUUGGAAAAUAUAGAAGAAAGAAUAAAAAUGCAAAAACAAAAGUAAAAGACCCAAGAUUAAAUAACAAUCCUUUGAUAGGAAGAUUAACUGUAUGUAUAUCAACAACUGCUAUAUUGUUUUGGGUAUUUUUUGCAGAAAUGGUUUUUAAUUAUAAUACAUUUAAUGGUAGAUGUAUAUCGAAAGUUUUAUAUCCUAUUUAUACUGAAAAUUUGGUUCAUAAGAGGCAGCCAUUUUUUGUAUUUUUAGGAUAUGGUGCAUGUGAAUACAAUUUAGAUGAAUCUGCAUCUAAUAGACAUUUUGUUGGUUCUAAAGCAUCAGAUGAAGGAUGGCCUGGAGAUAAAGUAGAAGAAAAUCCAGAUGGUAGAGGAUAUGCAAACUGGGAUUCUGUAAAUAGUCGUGUAUAUAAUUUAUUAGGAGGUUUAAAUACAAAUUAUAUAAGAAAUUAUGGUGAGAUAUAUAGAUUAUUUUGGUCUAUGUAUUUACAUGGUGGAUUCAUGCAUAUUUUAUUUAAUGUAAUUUGUCAAAUUCAAAUUUUAUGGAUGAUUGAACCUGAUUGGGGAUCUAUUAGAACAGCUCUUUUAUUUUUUAUUUCUGGUGUAACAGGGAAUUUACUAUCAGCUGUUUGUGAUCCAUGUGGUGUUACUAUAGGUUCUUCUGGUUCUUUAUAUGGUUUAAUAGGAGCAUUAUUUACAUAUUAUAUUGAAUAUUGGAAAACAAUUCCAAGACCAUGUUGUGUUUUAAUUUUUAUGGUCCUUGUAGUAAUGUUUGGUAUAAUAGUUGGAAUGUUUGGAUAUACAGAUAAUUAUGCACACAUAGGGGGUUGUUUAGGUGGUCUUUUAUUUGGAUUUGCAACAAUAACUACAGUAUCAGCUGCUGAUAAAUGUACCUUAGGAGAAAGAAUGCUUACGUCUGCCCCUUUCUCUUGGUUUCUUUCAAAUGAAACAAAGGAACUAAUAAAUGCAAAAGCUAAAGACAAAAAAAUCAAAGGAGAAAAUUUCAGAAAGAAACAGCUAGCUAAUAAAGUACAUAAAAAUGAUGCUCUUCAUGUAGCUAUGGCUGUUAUGAAAAAUAGAAUAAAUGAUGAAGGUAGACCUCCAUGUCGUAUGAAAUUAAGAGAAUGGAUAGUACGUAUCACUGCUGCAUCAACAUUAAUUAUUAUGUGGAUAGUUUUAUUUAUUUAUUUAUUAAAUGAAAAGGCAUAUAAAUCAUAUACCCCAAUGGGACAAAUAAAAUUCUCAGGUGUCCAUUCAUGUUAUUGUUGUCAAAUAGUAAAGGAUAAAUUUACUUACAUUAAUGUAAAUGAUUUUUAUUGGUGUUUUACAACUGAAGAAGCAACAAGAUAUUAUUGUAAUAAGUAA